AUGGACUUCGACAGCGAGGAGAUGGAUCUGCUGGGAAACGAUCCUGAGUUCAUGGAAUACCGCAGAGCCAUGGAGAAGGACCACAAAGCUACAGACGCUACUCCCCAGAUGGAGUUUGUGAAGAGAAAUGUAGAGGUGACCCAGGCUGUGUUUGGGGACGAGCUGCUGGGCUUCCGUAAUAGGGUUUGGCUGUUUUCUGACAAGAACGUGGUCUACAUCUGUGAUCGAUGCCUGCACCAGUAUUGGGAUUCCACGUCGCUCGGCCGUCACAGAAAAGAGUGCUCCCAAGGUAUACCAGGAAGACAUGUAUACACAGACAAGGACGAAGGCAUAUCCGUGAUUGAGAUUGAUGGAGGGUGUGAGAGUGUUCUGUGCAGGAGGAUCUGCACCAUCGGUAGGGCCUUCAUACACAGAAAAACCCUGCAUCUCGAUGUCGAUGGAUAUCUUUUCUAUGUCUUGCUCAUUGGGGGAAGGGUUGCCGGGUUCUUCAGCAAGGAAAAAGAAAGUGAGAAGCACAAUCUGUCUUGUCUUCUUGUACUACCUCCUCACAGGUCCAGAGGAUAUGGCUCGCUGAUGAUAGACCUGAGCUAUAUUCUAGGCCCAGGGACUCCAGAGAAACCUUUGAGCAAGGAAGGCCGGGCUGUCUACAAGCGGUACUGGAGAAACAUGGUGCUGAAGACACUCCGAAAGAUGGGUGGGGAGGAGAUGUCUAUAUGCAGCAUAUCUGCAGAGUCAGGCCUCUCUAUAGACGACACCAUCCAUGGUCUAGAGCUUCUAGGCAUAAACCCAGAGAGCCACAUCUAUGAUGUAAGCGGUAAGGUCCCUGUGCCAUUGAGAGAAUGCAAGAAAAACUGUUUAAUCUUUUAA